CCGGCGCGGAGGGGCCGCCGGGCAGCAGCGCCAGCAGCAGCCCGGCCAGCGGCCACCGCAUGGCAGCAGGCGGACGCUCCGCGGGUGCGGACGGCGCCGCGGAGUUUUUCCAGGAGUUGCCCCAAAUCAGGCCCGGCCGCAGCCGCCGCAUCCACGCGCCAUCGGUCUCCUCCCACCGCGGCGAGGGCGGGGGGGAGAGGGCCCCGAGCAGCGGGACCUCCCCUCGUGCCCUGCCCUCUCCUCGCCGCGGGCCGGGCCCCGUGCGAUGGCGGCGGUCGAGGGCUGCCUGCGGGCCGUGGGGCUGCAGUUCUGGGCGGACUCGCUGCAGGCCCUGCCCGCCCUGCUGGCUCCCGCCGCGCUGCUGGGGCUGCUGCUGGGCGCCGCCGCCGCCGCCCUGCUCUGCCGCUGCGCGCUGGGGCCGCGCCGGGGCGGAGAGAAAGAUGAUUCUCAAAGACUUCUGGAAAGCUUCAGUGCUGAUGAGUACACACUCAUGAAAAGUAAAGCAGAACCCUAUACAUCAAAAGAGGAAAUGGUGCUGGAGGAAAGUGAGUCUCCUCUGAACAGUAACAUCACAGCAUUUGCAUUAAAGGCCAAAGUGAUCUAUCCCAUCAACCAGAAAUUUAGGCCUUUGGCAGAUGGCUCAUCCAACCCAUCUUUGCAUGAGAAUCCAAAGCAGGCAGUUCUGCCUAAUCAAGUGGUGGAGACAUCCAUGUCAGGCAGCCUGGGAUCCCUGAGCCAGGGAGACAAAGAGGACUGUAGCUCCUCCACAACAAUACAUUCCACAACAAGCGAUGACAGGUUUCAGGCUCGAGCCUUUCUGAAGGUGGCCAGCUUCCCUGAAGUGCUGACAUGUGAGAGUUUUGAUGUUAAGCUCUGCCUUUGCAGUCUUACUUUACAAGAUCUCAUGCUUCUUGAUACUGACCUCAGAAAAGAAAAAUAUGUGAUGUUUAUUCAGAUUUUCAAGAUAUACCUCACAGACUUCCAUCGUAAAAAGAAGAUUACUGAUGGUUUGUUGAAGAAGAUCCUUUUAAAUCAGGAAAAUGAUUUUGAAGAAUUACAGAAACAACUUGAAUCUAGACUCCAGAAUACUGAAAUGUCAGCAGCCCGUAAUUCAGAGUUCCAGACUCUAGAAGACCUAGAAAGGAGGGAAAGGGAAUAUUCCGAGCACGUAAUAGAUAAUAUGGAAGCCUUCUGGAAGCAGACUGACAAAGCCCAGCAGGAUUUUUUGGACCAAUCAAAAUGCUCAAGUGCCAAAGCAACGAAGAUAAUGAUGGAUCUGACUGAGAAGAUGAUUGCAGUAGAAAGCUUGUUAAGUGAAUCUCAAGACUUGCAGGCAAUGGACAUUCAGGAAAGGUUAUUCAACUGGGAGCUUAUGGUGAAAAUGAUUGAUUCACUGAAGUCCUCUAUACCAGAAGAGUGUAAGGGUAGAUUAAAUACUGUGUCAAAUAUUCUGGACCACUUAACUGUAAAGAAUAAUCUUUCAGUCCGACAAAAGGAAGAGCUUCUAACAGACCUGCACAAGGCCUUCUGGGAGCAGCUGGCACAUUACAGUAAUGAGUGCAUGCAACAAAGUAAAGACCUGAUCUGGAAACGGCUGGAGUGCCGUGCGAAGAAGAAGGAAGAGUUCAAACGCAGACAGGAAGCUGAACGUGAGAGUCUCCUUAGCAAAACUUUUCCUACUGAAGAUGUUCAUCAUUUUCUCAAGGCUUACCAUGAGCUGAUGGAGAAACACUGGCAAGCACAGUGGGAUCUGGAGGAGGAGGAUGACUGUGAGAGCACAGAGGCUGUCGCUGAUCUCUACAAGGAGCUGUACUCCAAGGCUUCCAAUGCUUUAGCAGAGCUGGUGACGGAGCUGUUUCUUCAGACCCUGCCUGUGGUGACCAGCCUCUCUGUAAGAGAAUGUGAGCUUCUGAAAGAGGAAUGGCAGGAGAAUUUGGUCCCUCAGCUGGAGAAAUGGGAGAACCACCGCCAGAGACGGUGGAAGCUUUUCCAGGAACAGCUACUGCAAGAAAAAGAACUCUGGAUAACAGAAUAUGCUCUGUCUGCUGUGAUGCAAAAGCACCUAUCUGAGAAACAAGAGAAGAUAAUGCAAGGUGUCGUGAGCAGACUAGGAUGCCUCAGUGAUGAGUCUGUUAGCUAUAUAUUGCAAAAGCAGCAGCUUCUGCUGUGCUCAGUGCUCAGAAGGUUAACCUUGCGAAGAGCGGGAGUGGCAGCCCUGGCGCGCAUGCGCCUGUCCAGAAAGAAGAGCUCGCUCCAGGAGCUGAGAGAGCAGCACACCCUGCAGAAGGGAUCCUCCCUGUGCCAAGAUGAGGACCAGUGGCAGUUACAGAAGGCAGUGGAGUCCCACAUUUGUGAAGAGGAGGAGAAGCUUGAGGAAGAAAUGCAAGAAACCAAUUUAGAAUUUCACCAGCAGCUAGUCACAGAAAUCCAAGAAGCUCUUCAGUUUCUUCAGCAGCACAUGGAGCAGGUGAUUGGGCAGACCCUGCUGCAGUAUGCCCGAGGGGAAGCUGAAAAAAAGAGUUCAGAUGAUGACCAGGACUUCAAGGAGAGACUGGUGGAAUCUGCUGUUGAAAGUGUAUAUGGGACCAGCAAUAAUAUCAGUAGACUGGUGCAGAAAUACUACCAGCAAUUAGGAAAAAUCACAGAAGAGUAUGAAGGAAAAAAGCUUCAACAUCUGAAAUCCUUACAAGCAGAAGGAAAUGAAAGGAUCAGACUGAAGAAUAAAGAGAAUGAACUGGCAUUUAAAGAGAAACACACCAAAGGCCUCCUGAAUGUGUCAUCCACGGUCCACCAAAGGAUGGUGCUACAGCAGAACAAGAUUUUGGCUCAGUUUGAACUGCGGCAACAAAUUCGUCUGGAGUCUCUGAAACAGAAGCUGCUGGGAUUGCAGCACCUAGGAACUGAGCUGGAGACUCAGCUAAGGGAAGCAGAGCAGGACUUUGUGAGUGAGUUGGCUGUGCUGACCCGAGUUCCACUGACUGUGAAGAAGAAGCCUUCCAAAAGGAGGAAGCCAGCAGGUGAAAAAGCAAAGUCCAAAAGACAGACCUUCCAGUCACCCAAACCAGCAGAAAAAGAUGAUUCCCAUGAAAAUAUUCAAGAGCCCCAUGGAAUAACUUCUGGCUUAUGCAGAGAGAUGUCACAGAGUUCACAUGAAGGGGAGACUGAACCAAGGAAAAACUCAAAGAUGUUAAAAAAGAAAGGCAGCAGGGCACAGGGAGCUGUUGCCAUUGGAGAAGAUGAUGCUCUAAACCCCUCAGGGCAGCAGUAGCUCCUGCCACACUCAGGGUGCAGCAGAAUCACUCCAGAGUGUUUCUGGUUACCCAGGAGGAGUCUGCCCUGUGCUGUGCUUUGGCCAGACCGGCUCGAAAUGGCUUUUUCUCUGAAAAAAGGGAAAUGUCUCAAAAGCAGGGCAGCAGUGCCCUCUCCCGGGCAGCUCGCGGUGCUCUCAUCCCCUCGCAGGUGGAGGAGGCGGGCAGGGAGCUCCGGGAUGGAGCCGGGGGGUCCCUGUGCUCGGUGUGAUCCCUGCCAGUCCCAGGGAGGGUCCCUGUGCUCGGUGUGGUCCCCACCAGUCCCAGGGAGGGUCCCUGUGCUCGGUGUGAUCCCCACCAGUCCCAGGAGGGUCCCUGUGCUCGGUGUGAUCCCCACCAGUCCCAGGAGGGUCCCUGUGCUCCGAGCGAUCCCCACCAGUCCCAGGAGGGUCCCUGUGCUCGGUGUGAUCCCCACCAGUCCCCCCAGGUCCGGGUGCAGGCACCUCCCAAUCUUCCAUCUGCCUGACUUCCCUGGGAUUUCUUUUCUCCCUGUCACAACACCCGCUGGCUUGUCCCCGUUAGGGACUCCCGUCCCUUUGAGUUUCCCCGUGGUACACCAAGUUCAGUGUCAUGUGCAGGUGGGCAGUGUGACACCUGUCAUCACUGUCUGUCAGUGAGGCAGAUAUUGAACAAGACAGGGUUUAACUGGACCAAGAAACAAGUGCAAAAAAUGCCAGACAAAACUCAAGCAGUUAAUAUUUGAAAUUUCAUGUUAUGUUAGAGAAUCAUAGACUCAGACUAGGGGGAAAUGGGAUACCUAGGCACCAGUCACAGCUCAGUUUACAGUGUAAAUCCAAAAACUCAGUUUAUAGUGUAAAUCUAUAGAGCACCCUCUGUUUAUUCUGGAAAGGAUAACAUGGAGGUUUGAUCAUGCUUUACAGGUACAUAUCAAAAAUGCUGCAGAAAUUCAGGGGAAAUGUCAUGCCUUUUUCCUCCCAUUUUAA